AUGGCUCUGCGGCCACCAGGUGAGGCCGGCCCCCAGGACAAGGUGUCCUACCCGUCCGAGACGCUCCAGAGCAGUCCCCAACCCUUGGCCGCCUUCUACACGCCUUUCCCGCCCUACGGACCCUACGGGAACACCGUGGUCGCCGCCGAGGAGGAUUUCCAACUCCAACCUUUCCGGCAGCUGGCGGCCGGCCUGUCUGCGUCGCCGGCCUUGCCCCAAUUCGCCUUGCGGACCGCGCCUCCUUUGCUGAGUCCCGGCCUGGCCCUACAGAGGGAGCCACUCUACGAUCUGCCUUGGCACGGCAAGCUGCCGCCGUGGUACCCAUUUCCGCACUUCCCCAGGGAGCCGCAACACUUUCCGAGCAGCAACCGAGAGGAUACUGGCGCCACCAGUGAAGACGUGGCCCACGCUGGUGGCCGAAGCGACAGUGGCCAGUGUUACGGAUCUGAAAUUUCAAUUCCUCCGCCCCCUGUGGAUAUUUCCCUGUCACCUGAGGGGCCGAAGACAUCCCAGGUAUUACCUUGCUUCCCAUGCAAGCGGUCCGAGGACGGCUCCAAACUCCAGAAUCGGGAGGGGAAGUCGGCUCAUCGUUACCACUUCACCCAGGAGGACCUGAAUUUAGUUCUGUACGGGGUCAUUCCCAGCCUGGAGCACCCAGCCCGCCUGUACCAUGCGGCUUCCGGCUUCCUGGUCCCUACAGACGUCUCUGAGUCUGAUUCUCUCCCUCAAACUCUGGAUCAAGACUCGCUUCAACUACCAGAAGGUCUCUGCCUCAGGCGGAUGCUGUUUGGCGAAGUGCCACAUUUUGGUGUGUUCUGCUGUAGCCCCAUUGCCAAAGGAGUCAGGUUUGGGCCCUUUCAAGGUAAAGUGGUCAACGCCAGUGAAGUCAAGACCUACGGGGACAAUUCUCUGAUGUGGGAGAUCUUUGAGCAUGGUCGUUUGAGCCACUUUAUAGAUGGAAAAGGCGGUGCAGGGAACUGGAUGUCCUACGUCAACUGUGCCCGGUUCUCCAAGGAGCAGAAUCUAGUUGCAGUGCAAUGUCAAGGACAGAUAUUUUAUGAGAGCUGCAAGGAGAUCUACCAGAACCAAGAGCUCCUGGUGUGGUAUGGAGACUGCUAUGAAAAGUUUUUGGACAUUCCUGUGAGCCUGCUGGUGACAGAGCAGGGGAAGCAGGCGUCUGAAGAGUCUGCAGAAGGUUACAGAUGUGAACGAUGUGGAAAAGUGUUUACCUACAGAUAUUACAGAGAUAAGCAUCUCAAGUACACCCCCUGCGUGGACAAGGGUGACAGGAAAUUUCCCUGCUCUCUCUGCAAACGGUCCUUUGAGAAGCGGGACCGGCUUCGCAUCCAUAUUCUCCAUGUUCACGAGAAGCACCGGCCUCACAAGUGUUCUACAUGUGGGAAAUGUUUCUCUCAGUCUUCCAGCCUAAACAAGCACAUGAGAGUCCACUCUGGAGACAGACCCUACCAGUGUGUUUACUGUACAAAGAAGUUCACUGCCUCCAGCAUACUCCGCACACACAUCAGGCAGCAUUCCGGGGAGAAGCCCUUCAAAUGCAAGCACUGUGGUAAAUCUUUUGCUUCCCACGCCGCCCACGACAGCCAUGUGCGACGCUCACACCGGGAGGAUGAGGGCUGCUCUUGUAGCAUCUGUGGGAAAACCUUCCCAGACCGAGAAGCCUUGUGCACCCACAUGAAGUUUCAUGAAGACUGCUAA